GUCGUUAAAUGUCUUUGUAGACCUGCACAGACUCUUUAUCGUUCUCGGUGGGGCUUCUCGCUUCUCGGCGACAUCCUCCUUCUGGGGCGGCUGGCUAACAAAAAAGAAUCAGUCAUCCAAAAAUGGCCGGAAACCGGGCUCCGUCUUGUCAUAUGUGGUUCGAUGACGGGAAGAAAGGCGACAUUCUGAUGCAAGACGUGUACGUACCUAGCCAUGGGGUCACUCAGUGCACAUAUUACUGCUGCCUACAGUGGAACGGAGGUCUCAAUGGCGGUGGCUACUGUGGUAUUCAGGAACACCCUGACGGACAGUGCUAUAUAUUCUCUAUCUGGGAUCCCACUACUACGAACGAAGCCAUAGAAGCGGUUUACAGACAUGAAGGAACCAAGACGGAAAAGUUUGGAGGAGAAGGAACCGGUCUGAAGUCGAUGAAUUUCAAAAUCGGAUGGAAGCCAGACCAUUGGUACACAGUGGUUGCUAGGAGAUGGGACUACAAAGGACACACUUACUUCGGGUUUUGGGUUCGGGACCAGGUUGCUAACAAGUGGUUCCAUCUCGUUACCAUGGAUUUCCCGGUGCCGGAAAUAUACUUCGAGACACCAACUGUUUGUUUCAUCGAAGACUGGAUUGGGAAUGGAGAUAAAUACAGACGCGUCAACUUCAAGAAUGGCUACAAGAGAACGACGGAGGGAUCCUGGCUGCCGUUCCAGAAGGCGACGUUCAACGUUCUCCAGGAAGAUGCUUGCAGAUUAUACAACGACAACUACGACGGGGGAAUUGACGGUACGAGUUUCUUCAUGCAGACUGGCAAGGGGACCACACCUUCUCCCAUCUUAGCCACCGACAGGCGAUUCCGAUGUCAAGACGCUGCAAAUUCAGAACCUUCGAAUGACCCUAUUUGCUUCACUAUAAAGGAAGUGACGUCAAAGAAGGUCACAUGGUCUGUCCCAGAAUCAUCGACACCCCAGUUCGCCUAUAGGGUUAUCGUUGAUGGCUUGGAUGUUGCUUGUGAAGUUGAUCCAGACAAGAGAAGCUGCAGCAUCAAUGCAACUUGCCGAUCUGAGGUGAAGGUCGUUCUACAGGACAUCAUUGGGAGAAGACGAUCGUGGACUCUUCGGGUUGAGUGACUUUACCCUCGCGAGGAAAGAAAGAGCGUUUCACACCUUUUGUUGAAAGCACGGUUAUGACCAAGGAUCAUAAUGAUUUGUUUGUAUAUUAUUUAUCCCAGAAAAAAGAAAGAGUGGAAAGUUGCGAAUCAUCAAGGCUACAUUGACUAAAUGAACCCCUGCCAUUUGUGACCCAUUCGUGUUAUUCCGGGACAAGCAAAUACGUAACCCACUAGUGUGUUCCGGGAUAAGCCGAAGAGCGAUUCAUGCCUUUCGGAAGGAUUUCAAUUUGGCGUAUGAACAUCAGAACUACUUCAAACAAGAACGAUAACUCUAUUUCUGUUUACUUCCAACAGAAACAUUACUCAGAAAUUAAAAAAAAAUGUAACCUGUUUUAACCAAUAAUAAUGAUGAUGAUGAUGAUUUGGUGAAAACAUAUUCUAACUUAAUACGGUUUAAGAGUCGCAAAUGGGAUAUUUUCUUUCUGAAUAGGCAAUUAAAUUCGUAUUUUAUUUCAGCUGUAAUUAGUACCAAAAUAGAUACACAAGAUGUCUUAUAUAUUCCGAGCUGAUGAAUUCGUGGACGAAUCAUGCACGGUACACCUGCUGUCUGAACGUGCUGCCACACGUAUGGUGGAAUUUGAAAUGAAUACAAUUUAUAAUUACACCAACUAAAAAUGUAUUAAACGCACAUAAAAUCUUGAAAGCAACCCGCAAGAAAA